GUAUAAAUGUGAAUAGCUAAUGGGAGCUGAAUCACUUAGCUACAGGCCAAAUUAGAUUUAACCCAAAUUUAAGUACACCAAGUAACAAUGUCAGAGCCUAGUCUUACCUCUGGGAGAAAGCAGGUUAAUGUAGGUGAAAGUAUAGAGCAGCAGUGCAUAGACAUGCAACCACAGGCUACUAAAGGCACAAGAGCUAAUGACCACACUUCCUCACAAGAACCACAAAGAAGCCAAAGAGACCGAAAGUUAACAGAAAAGGGCCAAGAACUGUACAAUGAGCAAAUAAGAAGAUUUGCUCACCGUUUCACUGUGAGCUAUGAGGAGUGGAAGGCUAUUGCUAAAGACGCCAAGCAAGCUUUGAGUGGACAAUGCUCAAACAACCUGCUACAUGAACACAUAAGCGAAAUAAGUGCUGCCUCAGAGAAUCUGAACAUUGCUUAUGAUGAGUUAAGGAGCAUAGACAACCCUGACCAAGACACGCGUCGCAGAAUUGACACCUGUGAUGCUGUAACCAGGAAGAUCAUCCAAACUGCAAAAGAUCGUUUGGAGACAGCAGAUAUCGGUGGAGGAGACGAACAACGAGGCAACAGGGCGACAUCGUCUAUAUUCAAGUCUGUAGCCUCAGACAAGAUAAGUAUCAAAUCCCAAUGCACUAAGUCCUCUCAUGCUCAAAGCAGCUCCAGACAUUCAAGUCGGACUUCUGUUAGCAGACAAGAUGCCGCUGCUGAAGUUGCUGCCAAUGAAGCUACUCUAGAAGUACUACUAGAACAAGAGUGUUGCAUUGAGGAAUUGGAAAGGCUUGAAGCUGAAGCUGCAGAGAGACAAAAGGUGCUAGAUGCAAAGCGGAGACAACUGGAGCGACUAGAGAUAGUUAAAAAGUUAAAGGCUGCUAAGGCACGUCAGCGAGUGUAUGAUCAGAGUGAGUGCUCAGAUAAAGAAAUAAGCAGUGUACUCCAUCAAAGUGUCUGUAUGAAGGAAAAGGAAGAAGUUAAACAUGAAAUUAAUCUGUUGCAGCACCAUUCUUCACCACAAGACCGGGCACAUUCAAAGCAGGAUGACAGCACAGCAGCUCUUGUUAGAGCACUUGCAGAGUCCAUCAGUGCAGGUCGUCUUCCUAUACCUGAACCAACAAUAUUCAAUGGCGACCCACUCAGAUUCAAUGACUGGAAGGUUUCAUUUCAGACACUCAUUGAUCGGAAAAACAUUCCAGCCGAAGAAAAGAUAUAUUACUUGCGAAAGUAUGUGGGUGGACCUGCUAAAAAGGCUAUUGAGAGCUACUUCCUGCUUGGUUCAGAGUCAGCCUAUCACGCAGCAUGGAGGAUUCUCGAGGAAAGAUAUGGAAAUCCAUUCCUCAUAGCCAAAGCAUUCAGAGAUAAGCUGGAGGCAUGGCCCAAGAUAAGCUCCAAAGGCAGUAUCGAACUUCAAGAGUUUGCUGAUUUUCUUCGGAGCUGUGAGGCUGCUAUGACUCAGAUCAGAGGCCUCGAAGUACUUAAUGACUGCAAUGAGAACCAGAAGUUACUUGCAAAGCUUCCAGACUGGCUGACCUCGAGAUGGAACAGAAAGGUCAUAGAAGUGGAGGAAGAAAGUCACACAUUCCCAAGCUUCCAGCAGUUUGUAAAGUUUCUCACACGUGAAGCUAAGAUUGCAAAUAACCCAAUAACAUCUCUCCAUGCUCUGAAACCUGCUGAAGGUGAGCAGAUCAAGGUUUUAAAGAACAGAGCUCUCGGAGCAAAGGUACUAGCAACUAACUCAGAUGAAAAAGCUUCCUCCACAAGCUGUGUUUUUUGUGAGAAGUCAAGUCACAGUCUACACAAGUGUUGGAAAUUUAUGAAUAAAACCAUCUCUGAGCGAGUCAAGUUUGUUCAAGGGAUGAAGUUGUGCUUUGGCUGUCUGAAGCCUGGCCAUCGCUCAAAGGAGUGUGAAAAUAGAAGGAUCUGUGAUACUUGUGAGAAAGGACAUCCAACCUGCCUACACGAUAAUCGCAGCAAAGAAAGAGGAAUGUCAACAAGGACUGGUGGAGAAAGGGAGAGUGACAAGUCAAGAGAAGGAACGACAGAUCGUUCACAAGAGAGGGUGACAAAACCACCACGCGAGGUAACAUCUAACAGAGUUAUCCAGAAUGUUAAAGGCACCCAUACAUCCUCAGUCAUUCCUGUGUGGUUGUCCACUACAAGUAAGCCAAAUCAUGAAGUUCUUGUGUACGCUCUUCUCGAUACACAGAGUGACACGACCUUCAUCCUUGAAGAGACAGCAAAGGUUCUUCACACUAAAAAUGAACCAGUCCAGUUAAAGCUCUCCACAAUGUCUUCAAGAAAUACAGUGGUGCCUAGCAGAAGGCUGACUGAUCUACAAAUAAGAGGAUUCUACUCCAAUAAGAUAAUCUACCUGCCAGUAACUUACUCAAGAGAAUUCAUCCCUGCAAACAGAGAUCAUAUUCCCACACCAGAGACUGCCAAGGCAUGGUCUCAUCUUGAGCACAUCGCAGAUGAAAUUGCUCCUCUGCAGAGCUGUGACAUCGGCCUACUAAUUGGCUACAACUGUCCUCAAGCUCUUGUACCAAGACAAGUGGUUGCUGGAGAAGAAAAUGAGCCCUUUGCUCAGAGAACAGACUUGGGUUGGAGUGUAGUCGGCUAUGGCAACCCAUGUCUUGACUUUGGAGAUGCCUUUGGAAUAAGCCAUCAAGUCAUUGUGAAGCAAGUGACAUCAGUUCUUCCAAAUCUCCCAAACGAAGUGCACUAUGUCUGUAGAACACAGAUCAAAGAAGUAGUCCUUCCAACAGACGUCAUCAAGGUGUUGGAAUCUGAUUUUGUAGAAAGAGCUUCAGAAGACAACCCAGCUGACCACGCCUCAAGGGGUGUCACAGCAGAACAACUCACAGCUUCUAACUGGUUCACGGGUCCAGACCUUCUUUGGCAAAAAGAGCUACCAACUGGAGUUGUCAUGGUGGGAGAGAUUGAGAGCAGUGACCCAGAGGUCAAGAAAGCUCAGGUUCAUGACACUCAGGCAGAAGAAGCAAAAACAAUUUUAGAUCGUCUACACAAGUUCUCAGACUGGGCAAGAAUGGUGAAGGCUGUUGCCAGACUCAAGCGCCGUGCUAAGGAAAUCAAAGGUCUCAAGCCAAAGUCCUGUGAGGCCUCGAACUUGGAGGAAAGGAAAGAGGCGGAGCUGACCAUAAUCAAGAUGGUCCAGGAAGCAACUCUCUCUCAAGAAAUUCAACGCCUUAGACAUCAUAAGGAGACAAAGGUCAAAGACAAAGCCAACCAGUUGCACAAACUAUGUCCGUUCCUGGAUGAUCAAGGUGUAAUCAGAGUAGGAGGCCGCUUAGCUAAUGCUGCCCUACAUCCACAUGUGAGGCAUCCAGCAGUACUUCCUAGAGACAGUCAUGUUUCUGCAUUGCUCGUCAAGCACUAUCAUGAGAGAGUGUACCAAAGAUCGCAGAAAUGCAAAGGUCGGUGACAUUGUUCUGUUACAAGAUGCUGCCACACCACGAAACCAAUGGAAGCUAGCAAGAGUCAUCGAGGUGUAUCCUGGAAGUGAUGAAAGAGUGAGGAGACUCAAGUUACUCAUCAGUGACUCCUCCCUGGAUGGAAGAGGAAAGCGUACAGCCAAACCUGUUUACCUGGAGAGACCCAUUCAGAAAACAGUUACAUUGCUAGAAGCAGACUGAUGGUUCUAUCAUACACUCACACACAGUUUAUUAGUUGUUUAUUAGGACAGAGUUUCAUUUAAUUUAUUCAUGCAGUAGGUUUGUCUCCAAGUUUUAAGAAAUCACUUGUGAUUUGGUGGGAGUGUAACUGCCUCUGUCGCCAGUUUAUUUCAUGUAUUUGCACUUUUUAUUAUUUAAUUUCUUCUGAAUUGUACGUUUACCGCAAGACGGAACUAAUUAUUGGUUCCGCCCGAGUGUUGUCACCCGAGCGCCUUUAGCGACGCACCGAAGAAACUUUACCGCAAAAAGCGAAUUAGUUUUCCACUGUUAUCGUGUUUAAGUGCAUACUUACAAAGAAAGUAUACAGAAGAAGAUAAAGGACAUUUAUAAGAAUGUU